UUGUAAUAAAUAUUAAUGCUCAGAAAGAUUAUUUCCUUAACAAUUGUAUGACUGUGAGCUGUGUACUCAUCAGCCGCUGUCAUUGGAGUCGAUCUCGGUGGCCAGUUCUUCAAGAGCACACUGGUGAAGCCAGGGUUCCCGUUCACCAUCGUCGAGAACACUUCUUCAAAGCGCAAGACUCCAACAGCAGUUGCAUUUACCAAAGAACAAAGAGUCUAUGGUCUUGAUGCCAUCAUGCAGAGCGGAUCCAACCCAGUAAACACGCUCUUGUUUGUCAGAGACUUGCUCGGAUUAGAGUACAACCAGCAGAACCUGGAGAUGCUCAAACACAAAUUCUACCACAACGAAUUUGUCGCAGAUGAGCGAGGAUAUAUCGCAUUCAAAGUUGAGCUGCCUGAAGCCGGAGAAGCAAAGAGCUACGUGUUUACAGUCGAAGAAGUAUUGGCAAUGAUUCUGUCACACGCCAAGUAUCUUGCAGAAGUCCAGUCUAAUGGAGCUGUCAAGAAUAUUUACUUGACUGUGCCAUCUUGGUUCUCAGUGAGCCAGAGGAGAAUGCUUAACGAUGCACUCGAAAUGGCAGGACUUGAGAGCUCAGGUAUGAUUGAAGAAAAUGUUGCUGCUUCAAUUGCUUACGGAGUCAGCAGACUCGACGAGAACUCAACACACACCGUCCUGUUUCUGAACCUCGGAAGCUCAGACUUCGAAGCCACUGUAGUCGACUUCUUUGCAAGAGCCGAAAAUGUCACUGAUAGAAGAGGCAACAUCAAGAAAGGUGAAGUAGUCGAGAAUGUCGAAGUUCGGUCUCAGUCACACUCAGAACAAGUCAGUGGACGAGCCUUUGACAUUGAGAUCCUGAACAUCCUGGCUGAUCACUUCAACCAAAUGGAGUCAAGACAAGGCAAACAAGACAUCAGAGAAAUGCCCAGAGUAGUCAACAGGCUGUUCAAAGAAAUUCCCAAAAUCAAAGAAACGCUGUCUGCAAACAAAGAAAAGAUAGUGAACAUCCAAGAAGUAGCCGACUACGAGAACCUCAAGAUGACCAUCACUCGGGCCCAGUUCGAACAGAGCAUUUCGAAGUAUCUGGAGGCCCUGCGGACAGCUAUUUCUCAAGCCAUCGACAAAGCCGGGGUUGCUCUUGAACACAUUGACGCUGUCGAAAUCAUUGGAGGGGCACUCCGAGUUCCAAAAGUCAAGGAAGUACUUCAAGAACAAAUCGGAGACAUCGAACUUGGGUCACAUCUGAACGGAGAUGAAGCCAUGAGCUUUGGAGCUGCAUUUAUCGGCGCCAACUCAUCGUCGAGUUUCAAAGCCAGAAAGAUAUUUUUGCACCCGCUGUUCGAGAAUGACAUUUUUGUGAACUUCACAUCGAUAGACUGAGACCCUGAGGAAGAAGAGUGAGUCCACAAGCGCUUCUUGCUGUACAACGGAACUGGAAGUCCAAAGAAGAAGUUUGCAGUGAGCACUUUGCAUGACAUGCUUGUGGAGUUUUACACUGAAGAGGAAGGAGUAUUGCACAGAGUCACUCUGAACGGAGUCCCAGAUAUUCUAGAAUCUGAAGAAUAUACCAAGAAUGGUACAACCCCAAAAGUAUAUUUGGAAGCUCAAUAUCACGAAAAUGGUUAUGUAUCUGUCACUAAGGCCUAUGCAAAGGUAAUUCAAUCUUACAUGAGAGAAGUGGAGAAAAGAGUAUUAAUACCAACGAAUACUACUGAGAGCGCAUCUGAUAACAGCACUGAUACUUCUUCAAAUAAUUCAAAUAUUAAUGAAAAUAAUGAAACUUCAGAAGAAGAAAAAUCUCCAGAAGAGAAUGAAACAGAAACUCCCACUGAAGAGCCUACAAAAGAAGCCACAGAAGAAGACAAAGAAGAGGAUACAGAAGCAGGAGAUAGUGAAGAUGAUGAUUACGAAAAGGAAGAUUCCGACGAUGACAGCGAGGAAACUACUAAAAAGGAUACUCCAAAGCCUCCUCAAUAUAUGACAGUAAUUGAACACGUGGUUAAAAACAAAACACAUUCUAAGAUAAUUACUUUUGAGGAAGAAUUUAUUGGUCUCCAACCAAUGACUUCAGAGAUGAAGAUCAAUGCUAUAGCUCAGAUGGCUGACUUAAAUAGAAGGGAUAAGCUAAUUCUAGAUACUAUGGAAGCAAAGAACGAGUAUGAAGCUUUGAUCUACUCAACAAGAGAUUGGAUUUCAGAUGAAGAUAAUCAAGUCUACUCUCUUCCAGAAAUUACUGAAGAACUUCAAAAGAAUCUAACUGAGGGAGAAGAUUGGCUUUAUGAAGAUGGAUAUGAUGAAACUUACCAAGUGUAUAAGGACAGAAUUAAUGAGCUCAACUCAACUAUUUCUAAAAUGAAGUAUAGACAAACAGAACAUCUCUUGAGAGAAGACAUUCUUGAUGAUACAAAAGAACUUAUUAAGAACUUUACAGCACAAAUUGACUUCUUUGCAAAGCAAUUGCCUUGGAUUGAAAAAUCCAAAAUUCAAAAAUUAAGAGAUCUAGCAGCAAAUGCAACAGAAUGGUUUAACGAUGCUCUUGAGAAACAAGAAGGACUUGAGCUCCACGAAGACCCUGUUUUAACUUCUGAGGGAUUAAGGAAUAAAGUAGUCUAUGUUAGUUAUGCAAUGGAACAACUGAGCAGAACUCCUAAACCAAAAGGUUGGGACAAAAAGGUAGAAGCAGCAAAGAAUGCCACUAUGUCCGAAAAUAAUUCUACAGAGACUUACAAUAAUACCACGGAUACAGAAUCAAGUGAGAAAGCAAGUGAUGAUUCUGAAGAUAGUUCUUCUACUGAUGAGCCUUCGAAUGAGCAAAAUGAAGAAGAUAACCAGACUAAUGAGGAGACUGAAGAAGUGAAUGACGAUUUGUAA